AUGGCGUUGGCAAUAAGAGUAAUAGUUCUUUCAGUGAUCAGUUUGGUGAUUCUUCAAGAGAAAGGCAAUGCAGAAGAAUUACUAGUUAAGCUUAAAAAACCAAGUUUGAUGAAUUGCAGAUUUGAUAAAAUAUAUCAAUUUGGUGACUCACUUUCUGAUACUGGAAACUGCAUCAGAGAAAGCCAUUGUGGAGCUCGUACUGCAUGUAGAAGACUUCCUUAUGGAAUGAAUUUUUACCGGAAGGCAACUGGACGUUGUUCUGAUGGCAUGCUCAUGAUUGAUUUCAUAGCACUGGAAUCUGGCCUUCCGCUCCUAAAUCCUUACGAAGAUCCACGUGCAAAUUUUAUACAUGGUGCGAAUUUCGCAGUAGCUGGGGCUACAGCUUUAUCAACUGAAAUCCUGGCAGAGAAGAAGAUUGUUAAUCGAGUGACCAAUAGUUCAUUGAAUGUGCAACUUGAUUGGAUGUCUUCCCAUUUUGAAACCAACUGCUUCCCUGAUUGUCCGAAAAAAUUGAAGAAGUCACUUUUUCUAGUUGGAGAAAUUGGAGGAAAUGAAUUCAACUAUGGCUUAUCACAAGGUAGAACCAUCGAAGAGUUGAAAAGAAUGGUGCCAGAUGUUAUUCAAAUUAUUAUUCAUGGUGUUAAAAGGGUCAUUGGUUUUGGGGCUACGCGAAUUAUAGUUCCAGGCAAUUUCCCGAUUGGUUGUAUCCCAAUAUUCCUAACGCAAUUCAUGACGGACAACUCAAAUGCGUACGAUGAAUACCAUUGCUUGAAAGUUUUAAAUAAUAUUGCAAUAUUCUACAACCAUCAUUUGCAACAAGCCAUUGAUGAGCUCAAGAAAGAGCAUCCAAACAUUACACUCAUUUAUGGUGACUACUACAACGCCUAUCUCUGGCUUCUACAAAAUGCCGUGAAACUUGGAUUCGACAAGAACUCUGUCCAGAAAGCAUGUUGUGGAAUAGGAGGAGAAUAUAAUUAUGACACGCAUAAACAAUGUGGAUCUCCGGGAGUUCAAGCAUGUGCUUACGCAAGUACUUACAUAAGUUGGGAUGGAAUUCAUUUGACACAAGCAGCAUAUAAAUGGUUGGCACGAUGGCUAAUCGAUGACAUGUUACCCCAAUUGAACUGCCAUAUUUAAGUUCAAACUUUUGAUUAUUUUUGUGUUUCAGAAUUUAAUUGGGUUCAGGUCCUAAGUUCUGACGCGAUUAUAAAUUAAAGUUCAGUGUUAUUGUAUUUUUUCUUUUUUAGUUUUGUGAUUAUAUAGCCUAAUUAGGCUAUUUUUUUGGAAUACAACUAUGUACUUUUUGG